UCAUCAGUAUUCUUCUGUUUGGCAGCUGCAAUGUUCUUCGCUUCGUGCAUGGUUUGUCGGCACCCAACAACGCCCUGCAACUCUUGCAGUUCCAGCACCUGCGCCCCUCAGGCGUGGGGAUCUUCAGCUCCACCGACAGAGGCUCGAACGGCUUCUUUUUCUUCCGGCUCCGAUGAUGAGAGGAUGAAGAAGGACAAACUGCGGGAGCUUGUUCACAACUUUACAGCUGAUGCAUUGAGAGGGGUUGAGUGUACGAUCAUAGAAAGAAGAACGCUAACCAAAGUGGAGGCAGUUUACAAACUUGACCACUCAGUGAGCUGGCUAAAAUUUACCGGCCGCUCGAGUGGAGCCACAUUGGCAGCCGUACAGCUUUCGUGGAUCUCUCGUUUGAUCUCGAUCCAGCACCUUCCAGUCUACGAGCAAGAGGACUUCCUUGGCAAAUCCAAUGUCAAGGAUCUGAAGCGGAGCCUUCUUUUGAGCUCAGGAGGAGACACAACUAGUGCUGGCCGUGUUCCCCAAUCUGUGACUGUGGUGCUUAAGGAUGUGAAAGAGAUGGAGCUAUUCCUGACUUGUGUUGAAGUUCUGAGGCUGUACGCAGCCAUGGAUGCUCCUGUUUGAACAGCUGCGGCUCAAAAUGAGACAACGCAUUAAAACACA